AUGAGUAAUAACAAUAAAUCAGCCCUUUUUGCGUGUUCAAAAUGUUUUAAACGAUACCCUUAUGAAGAUUUAUCAUCCGGUCAACAACUCUGUAAAGUAUGUUAAUAUCGUGUAAUGACUAAAAAUAAAAUGUUGGUGUUCUUGUAUUAAAUUUUAAUACAUAUUUUUGAAAUUAUUACAUUAAGGAAUGUCGUGGUUCAUACCCUGUAGUCAAGUGUACGUACUGUCGGUCCGAAUUUCAACAAUCUGAGUAAGUCGACAUAAAUAUAUAAGUUGUUUGAAAAAUUAACAAUCUACCUUUUUAUUGAAAUUGUUUAUAAUUAUCACAAACAUUAUAAUUGUAUGACCUUUGCUCAUACAAUUAUAAUUUGAAUAAAUACUGUAAACAUAUUUCUAAAUAAUAUAACAUGUUUUAUUUAAUAAUUAUUAAAUGUUAUAGAUAUCAAACAGGUAAUCAAAAUUGAAUUAUAUAAUCAUAUUUAUGUACAUAUUGUUAAAAUUAAAAAAAAAUAUAUAAUUUCAUCUUAUAUGUAAUACAGGUAAUUUUUAUGUAUUAGUAAUAUUCUUGUCAAAAUUUUAUUUUAAUUUAGUAAAUCAAACACAAGUACAAUUUGCAAAAAAUGUGAACAGUUUGUUGUACAAUAUGGAAGACCAACAGCAUGUAGUUACUGUAAUAUUAUAGCUGCAUUUAUUGGCCAAAAAUGUCAGCGUUGUGCAAAUUCUGAACGCAAAUAUGGACCUCCAGUAACUUGUGAUCAAUGCAAACAAAAUUGUGCUUUUAAUAGAAAAGAUAUGGAUUGUGAAGUAAAUAUUUUAUUAACACCAUUAUUACCACAUUUUUCAUAAUUUAUUUAUUUUUUUUAGUUACUUGAUGGAAAAGUGUUGUGUUGGUUAUGCACUUUAUCAUUUAAACGAGCUUUAGCUAAAACCAAAAAAACUGAUGCUGAAAUGAAACAAUUAGUAAAAAAACGUGAUGGGUUAGUAUUGAGUACCUACUUUAAGAAUUAAAAUUAUAAUUUUUUAAAUUUUAACUUAAUACAAUUUUUCAGGUCAAAAAAUAGGAAAACAAAACAUAGCAAUGUAAUGAAAAUAAUAGAUGAUAGUGUACCAGAUUUUGCUUUCCCUCCUCCUUCAAAAAUGCAUAGAAAUUCGCAUAGGCAUGUUGAUGCUAAUUCUUCAGAUCAUGUAGUGGUCAUUACUGAACUUAAAGAACAAAUACAAAUGUUACAAAAACAAUCUAAUCAAAAGGAUUUUCAACUUCUAAACAAAGAUAAAUUUGUAUGAAAGUUGAAUACUUUUAAAUUCAAAAAAUAGUUCUUAUGCAUAAUUAAGUUUUUAUAUUUUUAAUUAGAUCACUGAAUUAAAAGCCAAACAUUUUACAACAGAAAAUGAAUUGCGUACAAAAAUGCAUUCGGACAAAAAAGAAUAUAGCAGAGAAGUAGAAAUGUUACAUAGUAAAAUCAAAUGUUUACAAAAAGAAGUGGCUACUUUGUCUAAAAGUGGUGGUAAACGUGGUGUACAUUUACGUAAAGAUAACCAUGAUAGUGGUAGUGGUACUGAUAGUCCAUCAGUCACAUAA